GUAGAUUUUUCCAGCUAGAUAUCGGUUCACAGGUAGAUAGGAACAAAGAAAAUGAUCUGAAAUUAUCAUCAUUGCAUUUCUAGACUCCUAAAUAAAUGAACGAUUAUUAGUUACAAAAAAAACUAAUUAUGAUCAAGUUACUUAUUUUAUUGUCGGUGAUUUUGUGCUGUGUUUUAGCAACCACGUAUCCACCACCGCUUAUUAAACCAGUCAAUAAUGUCCAUCUCGUCGAUUCCAAGGAAUAUUACCUGAAUAUGGUGCGAGACACGUGGAGCACCAUUGAGAAGGAGCACGGAUGGUUCAAUUUCAAAUUAAAAGACAUCAUACAAGAUGUUCAGGAAUCUAUAUACGGAUUUGAAUUAAAUGGUACUGUGACCUAUAAGAAUGGCUUCUUAAAGUCUCUCCACCACAUGUCAGUGGCGGACGAUGGUAUACAGCAGGUGUGGACGUGUAAUCCCUACGGCUGCUCAGUCAUGCUGCGAGGCAGCACCAAGAUGGCGGACGUUGACCUCGUGUUCGACGUGGAGGUGUCUCGAGAAGGGAAGGAGCCUCUGUUCUAUAGCAGCACUUACAGACACUCAACUAUUGAGUUUAACAUGAAUAUAAUAAAGAACUACACAACGUCAGCGCUGUCGGUGGAGUCCCACCUAGUGGCACUCAGCGCCGGCAAGGAUGAGAAGAUGACGUUCCACCCGAGCGACCACGUCACACAGCUGAUACAGAGAGGGUACAAAUCUUCUCUGAACGCCGACGCCGGCGUCGGUGCGUGGGCUACAGACAUCAUCGUGCCGGCCAUGAAGCAAGUGAUGGGGCAGACACGACCCUUCCCGGACCUCUGCUACAACUGCCCGGCGAAACUGUGAUUUUAUGAGUUGAGCCCUUUUUGUGUUGAUGUCGGAUUUUGUUAUUAAUAUUUUAUUUAUUUGUGUACUUACUUAUGUUGAUGUAUAAUAAAGUAAUUAUUUCAAAUUAUAGUAUAAAAAAACUAUGUACCUAUAUAUGCAAAGAUCGACAUUAAUUAUUUUAUGCAGAUGUAGGUACCUAUUAAAAUUAUUUACCACAGGUUUGGUUUCAGAUAAUUAUAGUAUCCAAUCAACCUCUACCUCUUCUUAAGUAUUUACUUAACAAACUUUGAUAUUUAUCUUUCUUUUAUUAAUAAAAAUGUAUUUACCUA